CGUGUUUGACUUACAUAUCAAAUGAAAAUUUUAAGUAAUCCCCCUCGGCCUAUAAGUUCAAGAUAUCUAGGCGGUAGCCGCUUGCAGGUUUGGCGUCGAACCAGAACAGAUGUCCACGAUGACGAAGAGCACAGACUUUCUGACCGCAGUAGGAAAAUCAUUCAUAUUACCAAGAUGUGCAUCCUGUUGCUCCUCUGGUUCGCCUGCACAUUCAUAGUAUUCGUAUUUGCCGCAGAGGAAAAACCGCGAAGUACUAUGGUGACCGUGAUGCCCAAUAAAACGGUUUUCAGGAAGGUAGAUCUGCCUAAUGGGGUUGUGAGAAUAUCUCUACUUGGACCUGUGGACUGGUAUCUCAUGAGGUUUCCCGAAGAGGAUAACGGAGAAUAUGGAGCGGGCUUACGUGUGGAGUGUGUUAACUCCGAUUUGAAUGUGUCCUAUCACCGAUCGGAUAUGUGGAACAUUGUGAUGAACAGCGAUAGUACGGCGUAUCUGGAGGUCUCAAGGAACUUCAUUCUGCACGAAUGGAGCGGUGGGGAUCGUCAGGCGGUGAUCUCCCUGGAGAGCAAGCAGGACUCUCCGGUUUCCCUGCACAUGUUGAUUAACACCAAUCCUCUGAUCACCAACAUGUGCGUCCUCUACGCCGGCCUCUUGAUCCUCGGUCUUUAUAUGCUGAUCAUCUUCGAUGUUAUAGAUCACACCUUUGCCGCUCUCAUUAUAGCCACCACCGCUAUAGCGAUUCUGGGUCUGCUGGAGCAUCGGCCAAAUGUGCAUACUAUAAUAUCCCAUGUGAACUUUGAGUCCCUGAUGCUGCUCUUCGGUCUAAUGACUAUUGUGGAUAUUAUGGCUACGACGGGUGUUUUUGAAUACCUGGUUGUUUGGACUUAUAGAAUUUCCAGGGGUCGUCCUUGGCCUCUGAUAUUUUUCCUCAGCAUGUUGACUGCCUUUUUGUCUGCUUUUCUAAACAGCGAUAACAUGGCACUGGUCCUAACCCCCAUAACCAUUCGAUUGUGCGAGGAGAUGUCCUUGAGGACAGCUUAUGUGCUGGUUAUAAUGGCCAUAUUCGCAGAUAUGGGGGGUGCCCUGACCCCCAUGGGAAAUCCACCCAAUGCCAUAGUGACCACCAAUCCUGCGGUGGUGGCAGAAGGUGUGGAUUUUGUCAACUUCGUAAUCCAUAUGCUGCCGGGUGUGCUGGUGGCCAUGUUUGUGGUCUUUGGCAUAGUUUAUGUGACCCAUAGAAAGAGUAUCUUUGUGCUGGACCAACAUCAGCUGGAUCUGAUGAAGGAGAGGGAGGGGGAGAAGGCUCCACCCAGUCAGGAGACCCAGGAUCGCAUAACUCAGCUCAAGGAGAAGGAACCUGGUAGAUAUUGGCUCAAGCCGGCAGAGAACUAUCCAGAAACCUUGGCGGGAUUGGAGGAGGGCAGUCGUAUCCGGGACAAGCCUCUGCUGAUCAAGUGCUGCAUUGCCCUGUCAUUUACCUUCCUCUGCAUGGUCCUCCAUUCGAUUCCCAAGGUCGCUGAUGGUGCCACCCUGGGCUGGGUGGUUCUGCUGGCCGCCUUUCUGCUCAUCAUCCUGGAUGACAAGAGCGAUCUGAAUGCCACUCUGGAAAUUAUACAGUGGACCAUCCUCCUCUUCAUCGCCGCCCUUUUUGUUCUUUCGGAGGCAGUGGAUCAGUUGGGUUUCUUCGAGUGGAUUGGAGAUAGGACAGUGAUGUUCCUGACCAGCUUGGAGCCACAACACCAGACGGCGGUGACCACCAUGUUGCUCCUUUGGACGACCGCCUUACUAACGGUUUUCAUCGACAACGCCGCCGUUACCAUCUUCAUGCUGAAGUUCAGUUUCCAGAUGGCCAGCAAGGAUGAUAUUCCACUACCGCCAAUGUUUUGGGCCCUGACUUUUGGCGCCUGUUUCGGGGGAAAUGGAUCGCUAUUUGGGGCCGUUUCCAAUGAGAUCAUUGCCCUGAUAGCCCUUCAACAUGGGUACAAGAUCUCCUUCUGGCACUUCUUCGUCAUUGGGUUUCCACUGAUGCUGGUGACCAUGGUGAUCGGUUCUGCCUAUCUUCUCAUUGCCCACUCGGUCCUAAGUUGGAACUAACAUUGAAGAUGCAGUCUGUAAUAUCUAAGUAUAUUGUCCAUAUGACUAAUGUAUUAAAUUAAUA